AUGGGAAGGGCAAUGGAAGCUGUGGACAUUGAACAUCCACAUGGAACUGAAGGACGUGUUCUUCAGCAUCAUGCUUCCUUUUUUUAUCAGAACAAAGACGGAAUCGUUUAUCCCUCUGAGACUUACAGAGGUUUGAGAAACCUUAGUCUCGGUUUCUUUGAAAGCGUUUUUGCUGGAAUCGUCAUCAAUAUAGGGUUGAGUUAUUCCACAACAGAAGGAUGGAUAACAGAACUAUUUUCCCCCAUAUAUAUUAAAAGAAUCCACAAAUGCAAGCAUGGCAGUGAUUCUUCAACGUUUGACACUGAAGGAAGGUUCAUGCCAGUUAAUUUUGAGAACUUCUUCAGCAAGUAUGCUCGAACCUGGCACAUGACACAGUCGAAUCGAAACCAGUAUGACUUCCUUGGCUGGAUAAUCUCAAAGGGCGAAUGGCUGCUUUUGUAUCGGAUUGCAAACGAUUCACAAGGUUAUCUAGCAAAAGAAGCAGUAAGGGGAUGCUACGAUGGGAGUUUGUUUGAUUAUAUUACCAUGAUGAAAAAGGCUAAAAAUAAUUAA